AUGGUGGCACCAGCACUUAAACAGACAUGGGCGGUAAUGGGAGUCCUCCUGAACAUUUUCGGGCAGGGUAUGGUGCUGAGCUUUCCGUCGAUCCUGCUUCCUGCCAUACUGUCUCCAGGCUCUGAGAUAAAGGCUGACCUGCAUGUUGCUUCUUGGGUGGCAUCAUGUGUAGGAAUCUCCAGUAUACCAGCGUUGCUGAUAUCCUCAUUCCUGAUGGACUGGUGUGGGAGGAAGAAAUCUCACAUAAUUUUCAUAAUACCAGGGAUCAUCGGCUGGACUUUAAUUUACUUCGCCUCCAACAUCACUGUUCUGAUGUUAGGAAGAGUUUUAUGCGGAUUGACAGCUGGAUCCACUGUUGCUUUAGGAGCGGUUGUCAUUGGAGAAUAUACAAGUCCUAGUAAUCGCGGAAUGUUCUUAAAUCUCAAGACAACGGCAGUAUGUUUCGGGAAUAUGACCGUGCACAUCGUUGGAAAUUAUUUAGUCUGGAAAUACGUUGCCCUUGUGGCAUUGGUACCACAUAUUGCUGCAGUAUUAAUAAUCUGCACGUGGCCAGAAAGUCCUGCGUGGUUGGCUUCGAAAAAAAGAUUUAAAUCUAGUGAAAAAUCAUUUUAUUGGUUGAGAGGUGCAGAUGCAGAAUCAAGAAGAGAAAUAGGUGAAUUAGUUCGAGCACAAAAAGAAAGGUUAACCGAAACCAAAUCAACGUCUAUGUCGAAAAAGAUAUCAGAAUUUUACAAUAAUUUCACGAGAAGAGACUUCAUAAAACCCAUGAUCGUUAUGAUUUUCUGUGGACUACUGCUUGAAGCUUGCGGUAGGCAUAUUUUUCCCGCCUACGCGUUACAAAUAGUUAAAGAAGUCACCGGAAAUAGCACCGAUUCAUUCUACUACACUUUAGGUAUUGAUCUUAUAAUUUCUGCAAGUGCUCUGUUUUCAUCAGCGUUAGUAAAGGUAUUGAAAAGGCGAACUCUUCUGUUCACCAGUGGAUUUGCAGCUUUAUUUAUCUUAGCAUGCGUCUGUCUAUACCUUUAUCUGACGGCCAAUGGAAUCAUAUCUAAAGAUAAACCUUGGAUACCUAUAUUGUUGUUCUCUGUAUAUUUCAUUCUUUCCAAUUUAGGUUGUACUCCCAUACCUCUUGCCCUAUUAGGUGAGCUCUUUCCUUUAGCUCAUAGAGGCGUUGGAUCAGCUUUAUCAGGAAUUAUUUUUUCACUGUUUCUCAUAGUUGGCAUGCAAGUGACACCCUUUUUACUUGUGAGUGUUAAAGUGUACGGGUCUUUUGCCUUUUUUGGAUCAGCCAUGGGUGUAGCGCUAGUUGUUUUGUGUUUCAUUCUACCAGAGACCAAAGAUAAAACUCUCCAAGAUAUAGAAUAUUACUUUAAUUUUGGAAAAUUCAACGAAUAUGUUACUGACAAUGAUGAAGAAGUAAAAGUGAAGAUGAUAUCUCAUUAA